AGGUGACAUCGAUGAAAUUUCGUGGACACUUCAGUUUUCACCUGCAACAUAAUAUGAGGCGGUUCAUCUUAUACUUUCUAUUACCAGUAACUUGGACGGUCGUGCACACGGAUGAAAAUCAGAAUCAGCAUGCUGUUUCCUAUAGCAAGAAUCAUCAUCCCCAGCCUUUUCCUCUAAGCUAUCGAAAAACGGGCGUCUCGGUGAGAUCUAUGCACAGGACAAGCGAAGUUGCUCCUUACUAUGAUCCCACAUCACAUUUACCUUAUGCUGCAGUGGUGCCUCAAGCAUCUUACCAGAAACCCAUUGAAUACAGCGCGGAAGACUAUGGCGAAUACGGUUAUGGAAUAAGGCAAAUGCAUCCGACUGUACUCGGCGGUCACCAAAGGUCGGAACUCACCGACUUCAUCGAGCGUCUACUAAACUUUGAUAAUGAGCAUGCCACUGCGUUUGACGUAGAUUUUGGUGUUUAUGAUACACGAGAUCUAUACGACGGUCAUCAAGCAGAAGUGCAGGUGAAGGUAACCCACAGAGGGCAAGACCACCAGAAUUAUGCGGACGUGAACAUUUUGAGCGGUGAGAGCAUAGAUUCGAUAAACCUGCGCUCAGUUCUUGCUCAUCUUGGUCUAGGCAGCCUUGACAGUAUACAUCAGAUACGGGCCAUAGCUGACCACAUCUAUGCCCAACCACAAAAGGUGAUAAUCGAAGAUCAUCAUGGACCCCCAGAAAAGCUUCACGGACACAUUCAAAGCUUUUACUCCGUGGAGACAAUUGAUCACGGUGGUGAAAUUAUCUCUUCUGGAAAAUCGAAUAAAAAUAACGCUGUUCUGGACGGAGAUUUUGCGGAUCUCAUUGGAUACGCAAAUUUCAAUUUUGCCGCUGACUAAUAGAGUGUAAAACGGUGUUGUGCUUUACCGUUCCGCCUGCUAAGAAUAAGUGAAGAACAGACCACUUUGUCUGGCCUGAAGUGAAUCAAAUAAUUUGUCAGUUUAGAUAAAAGCCUCGUAGGUAUUAAGGUAUAUGUAGAUGAACUUGUAUAAAGUGUAGUGUAAUAUAGUUACUUCGAUGCGGGGUGAUCUACCCUGUAUUGACUGCGAAGACAAGAGGUCAAAUAAGUUGGCUUUAUUAACAACAAUGAACCGAAAAUAAAGCUUUCAGGGCAUGCAUAAAUACAUACCACACGAAUGCAAUAUAUAUAUAUAUAUAUAUAUAUAUAAAUUUGCCUUCUUUAUCUAAACAAUUGUGCAAAAUUUAUGUCGUUAAGGAAACAUGAAACAACGAUUCCUGGUCCAGUCUAUUAUAAUAGACUUGGCCAUUUACCAUGCCGGGUUCACAAAGCAGUUACUGAGUAAUAUUAAUCUGAAGUAAUUACAGACAUUUAUACUAGUUUAAAUAACUAGAUAUACUUGAUAACAUUAUUUGAAUUCACCAUUUUUGAGCUACAGGUGAACAGUUUCUACAUAUUUUGACCAUAUGAACUGCGAUCAUGCUGUGAAUAGCACUAUAUUUUUGUCUUUUUAGCAGAAGCGCGAUUAUAGCAGGUCAAGAUAUCCUGGUUACAGCCACAGUUUUAAAGUUGAAUUUAACUUCAUUAGAGAAUUUGUAAUCGAAAAAUAAGUAAUUCAUUUAGAAAUGCGACUGUGUACAGCCUUGCAACGUAAGACAAAAGUUCAUCCAUUUAUCUCCUUUGACCAUACAAAUUCAAGCAUUGCACAUAUUCUUGCUUACAGAGAUAUAGAGCUAAAUCAAAUACACCUAUUCCUCUAGCCUAAUCACUUCCUUAGAGAAGUAAGAGUGCGUUAGUUUCGCUUCCAAUAUGCAUUCUUUUCUCCCUUACAUAUCUAGAAAUAUAUUAAAAUGGAUCCGCACAACCAAGAAAAGUCUUCCGCAAAACACAUCUGUAUUACGGCUUAUUACCUAUGAAUCCUUUGUUUACGUAAGUCGGUUAUUAGUGAAGCAGCUUACGGAACUGAAGGCCGUUCUCAAGCUGCCGGUGUAAUGAUGACAAGACCUAUACAGUCCUAUACUUGUGUAAAAAGCCUAAUAGCGUUCAGCAGUGGCUUCUUAAUGUUGUCCAUGCAUUGGCUGACGGUACCUUUCAAUCAGUACUACACAGGUACUUUACGGCGGAUUUUUUUUACUGUGAUAUGCAUGUGCGUUAGAACGAGUUUGAUAAAUAUCACGCGAAGUAGUGCAGAUAAAUAAAGAAACUCGAUGAAUAGAUGAUUGGAAGA